AUGCUGAACCACAUGUCCCGCCGUUCCCGUUCGCUGCUGUCUCUUUCUCUCACCUCCCUGGCUCUCGCUCUCUCCGUCCUGGCCUUCUGCACCUCCUACUGGUGUGAGGGGACGCAUAAGGUGGUCAAACCGCUGUGUCUCUCGCCCGUCAAGAUGAAGAACUGCGGCCAGAACAACAGCGAGCCGUACACCACAGAAGCCCCCACCCCAGAUCCCAGGGGUCCAUCCAAUCGGACAAUAUCGCCAAAGCGUAGGGAGGAGCUUGCAAAGAUUCGACAGAGGCAAUUGGCCAACGCUGUGCACUACAUUUGGGAAACGGGCGAAGACAAAUACACGUUCCGCUACUUCCACACGGGAUUCUGGAAAUCGUGUGAAAAACACACAGACGGUGAAAGAUGCCGUCGCUUCGUUGACCUCACUCCCGGAGAAACGCACGGAGUGCUAUGGUUGUCCAUAGUGUCUGAGUUCAUGUAUAUCAGUUUUUUGGGCAUUGGUUUUCUGCUGAUGUGGUCUGAAGUUCUGUGUUCUCGUAAAGAGAUGCAUGCCCUGAAAAUCAAUGCCUUCGCCGCCAUCUUCACCGUCCUCUCUGGUCUGAUGGGUAUGGUGGCCCAUAUGAUGUAUACGACAGUGUUUCAGCUGACUGUGAUUGUGGGGCCUAAAGACUGGAGACCCCAGACAUGGGACUAUGGCUGGUCCUUCGCGAUGGCGUGGGUGUCGUUUAGCUGCUGUAUGUGUGCUGCUGUUCUCACUCUGAACUCCUACACAAAGACGAUCAUCGAACUCAAACAUCGACAGCGACUUCGACUGGAGGAGGCCCGCGCCACCAGCCACGCCCCUUCCUACGACGAGGUGGUCCCAGGGGGCGGGCUCUACUCGAUCAGCGGCCUGCUGCAGUGCCCGGGCGGGAUGAUCGACUCGGUGUGGACGGCAAACGGCGGCGUGGGCGUGGCCGGGGAGGGUGACGUGCCCACUCUGGUGCUGGUGGGGGGGUGCGGACCGGAAGGGUGUGAAGACUGCGAGAGAGAGAUGGACGAGAUGGAGGGGGCGAUGGAGAGAGAGGGAACAGACUCGCCGUGUUAG